AUGCUACUCAUCCUAGGCCCCACGGCGCAGACGACGCUUGGCAAGGGCAUCUGGGCUGCUGUGGAAGCAUCGUGGAACGAGACGUCGCUCUAUCAGGAGGGCUGCGAAUGGGUCGCGCGUUCUUUCGGCGACGAGGCCUUCUACAGUUGCCUUGAUGCCCUCUGGCUGCCGUCUCCGUCGCAGGACUGCGGAAGCAGUAGUGCUGACUCUGAGGGGGCGCGCGAGGCGACUAGCGCUCGCUUCCUCACGCAGCAGCUGCAGUACAUGAGACUUCUCGAGGUUCUCUUUCGCCUGCCUGAGACGCGAGGUGCCAACAGAGCCCUCUUUGAAGCAGAGAUGGCGGCUCGCGUCUACUCGCCGGCCGUGGAGGCGCACUACGCCCUUGCGGAUAAGGCUCUGCGCGAGACGACGCCGCCGCCAUCCUUGUCGGAGAGGGACGACAGCGACCAAGGUGAGCGUGGCAGCGGCAACAGGCUGACCUGUGGCGACCCCUUCGCCGUCGUUUACACCCGCACUGCACCAGGUGCCCCACUACGGGCGCUUCGUGUCAAAACACCUGCAGCCCUGAAGCGUGCAGCGGGUGGGGCGGGGCCGCAACACAGAGACGCCGUGGUGUCCAUAGACGAGCUCGCUUUCGCGAGCUUUGACCACCGUCACCCGGCACCAUUGCUGGCUGCUGUUCGCGAGGUACCGGCUGUGGUGGUUCUGUAUGGACUGCCUGGCUCCCCUGCCGCCCACGCGCUGCACCGCGUUGCCGUGGAGCUGUCGAACCCCUCCGACGUCGCCAGUGCCACCGUCUCUGGUGCUCCGGCCUAUUUCUGGCGGCAUCUGCCAGUGUCGGUGUCACGUCUCUGCGCCGCUGCUGGUGUACGUGAGCAGUCAUUGGCAGCAGCGAUGACGAGUCUGUGGGACAGUCCUUUGGCUGUACAGGGCUAUGGCGUUACCGUGGACAUUAAAAACAUGGAGUACAAGGUGCUGGAUGAGAAGGCGGCCGCGCAGCAACGAUCCAAGGAGCAGAGCUCGACGGCAGCGGAUAAGGGGUCGUCGCAUGACGGCACCGAUGCUCCGGCUGCGGCGAAGCGGGUACCGGAGACGCAGGUGGGCCGCAUCGCUGGCGGCUUUCACGUUGGCCGGCUGAAGGAACGCUACCCGGGCUUGGCGGCCUCCCUCGACGAGUUUGCCAUCCUCCUUGACGAGGAGAUGGGCAGCGACGACGUGAAGGUGAACUUUGAUGUGAGGGAGCUGCAGAAAAUAGGUCUUGCUGCGACGCAGUAUAUCAGCGAAGUGGAGAACCACAGUCGGCGCUUGCACGUGCUAACUGACAUGGUGAUGCGAUUCCCGACCUACGCCGCCGCCCUCUCCCGCAUCGCGGCACUGCCCGGCCGACUCGUGGAGGUGCAGAAGACUUUGCUCAUUCUCCAUCAGCGCAUGAGACCAGGUCAGUCAGCGUUCUUCGUGGACGGCUGGCGAGUGGAGGAGAAGGAACUCACCCUCUUUGGAGUCCUGCAAGCCUUGCAUGAGGAAGAGCGGCUCAUUCGGCGCAUGAAAACGGUGCUGACCACGUGCGCAGUUGCCGCCGCUGACGCUGAUUCUGCUGCAGAAGACGCGGUGCACGAGGCGCGCACGGUGCCAUUGGCGCCCGCAGUGCUCGAGAAGGUUGCCGACUACGUGAAGCGGACAACUCACCGCACCAUUGUCAGCUUGGAGGACAACGCCGAUACGGAGGCUGCGUACGCGAUUCCCUCAGAGCACAUCAUCUGGAUCAACAACGUCGAGACGGACCCGCGGUUCAAGAGGCUGCCACCGGUGCUCUCGAUCCUCCUAGCCCGCGGCUACGUCAAAACACCGCUCCCGCGACGCAACGUGCUGAACUUCGUGUUCUUGUGGAAUCCAGUCUCCAGGUCGAGUCUGCAGAUGAUAUUCCACAUGUUCCGCUUUCAUCAGGAGGGCCUCAUCGCUCGCUACGGACUUGCACUGGCGGACCAGACAUGGUCGCCUGUGUUUGAGGCAGGGGUGCAGGGUGGUGGCGGAGGCUUCAAGGGCGAGUCUGCCGGGUCACAGGCUGCGCUUCAGGUAUUCGCUCUCGUGUAUCACCUCGUCGCUACGGGCAAGACGAAUAAUGUGCUGGUCUUUCUGAUGGAGCUGCUCGAGGAAGCCAAGCAGGCCCGAGCGGACACGAUUCCUGACGCGGUGAUUUCUCGCGUGUGCACGAGGACCGCACGGGCGAAGCUCAACUCCGAUAUCGGUGAACUGACGAGCAAAGCGAAUUUUCUGAGCCACUACCACGAGACGCAAGCGGCGCUGCGCCGCUUCCGUGUUCCCGAGUACCCGGCCACCUUCCUUAACGGUGUCCAGCUGAAGAACAGCAUGGCCGGCAUGUCAACCGCGCUCCAGAGAGAGAUGACGUUGCUGCGGGCGUGGGUAGCAAGCGGGGCCCUGCGAGACGGGAUGAAGGACAUGUACAGCGCCAUUCUCAAACAGCGAGGCGCUGCGGACCACCUGCAACCCGCAUUAGUGCGUGGCCCGGUGACGAUGCGGUGGUCGGACACGCCGACCACGGUCGCCUACAUUGAGAGUCUGCCAUACGUGUAUAGUGCUUCGUACGCUGAGGAAGUCCCGGCACUCACGCAGCUUGUGACGUUGCCGUGCAAAUUCACGACUGCGAUGCUGCAGCAGUUGCAAACGGUUAUGGAAGCGCUGGAGGAGUGCGGCGUUGCCGCGAAGUCGCAAGGAGCGAUCCAUGAAGUGUGCGGCACGCUGCGACUUUCGCUGGUUUCGUGUCCAGCGGCCACCUCUCUCUUUCAUCGCCACAUUGGAGCGCUUCAGCAGCAGCUGGCUCGCAGCAGCACGCCGAAGGCAGCGCGGUACACUACACUUCGACGGUACCUGUCCCACAUCGCGGAAGCCAUGACAUCGGCGAAUGUUGGCGUGAACGCUGUUCUGGGCACAGAGACGGUGGCUGCAGCGCUGGCGGCGGCACCACUCCCUGCCGACCUGCAGGCGUUGGUCGGUGUCUCCCGCAGCACCGAUGCCAAUACAUCGCCGCAGUGGGCUCGCGCAAAGGUGCAGUUUUGGUCCGUUUUCGCCGACGCGUAUCACGGAAGCGCCGGCAACGUCGCCCUGGUCACCAAUGGUCGCAUCGUUGCCAUGGAUGCCAGCUUUAGCGCUGCAGACGUUCUCUCGGCAGCUGGGCUCGUGGCGCCCAUCACCAAAGCGGUCCAGAGGGCGGUAAUGAGUGUGCGAUUUGACGAGAUGAGCACCGCCGACGGCGGCUACGCUGCAGAUGAGUUGGACAACAACUUUUUCGCUAGCAAAGCCGCCUGCCUGAGCAGCGUGUUCGGAGACGAUAUCUCGCAGCACAUGGCGAAGCAGAGCUCCUCUGCGCCCGCUCUGAUGCGGGAGGAGAGCAUCCUCGGGCCUGAAAAUGACUGGAAGCCGCUGCAGGCAGUGCUGUUCACGGUGAGCAACGUCGCCAGAAAUGCUGGGGAAGAAGCAGGCACAGCGAGUGGGGCAGUGGCGCAGCCGCUGCACCAUGUGACCGUCGUAGUGGAUCCUUCGUCGCGUGAUGCUCAAGUGAUCGUUUCGCUCGCGCACUACCUCGUUCAAUCCUCGCUGCACAUUCGCCUCACUUUUCUGUUGAAUCCAUCACUGGAUGUCAAGUUCCCGAUUCGAAACUUCUACCAGUAUGUUGGCAGCCCCGCGUUGGCGUUCGAGGAGACCUCCGGCCGCGUCGUCGCGCCGCAUGCCACCUUCUCGCAAAUGCCGUCGUCGACGCUGCUCACGCUGGGCGUCGACGAGCCGCCAUCGUGGACCGUCUUCUCGCAGGAUGCCGAGGUGGAUUUGGACAAUAUCAUGCUGUCGAGCCUGCCUCGCAGCACUCUCUUCGUGACGGCCGUCUACCGCAUUCACUCAGUGCUGGUAACGGGUGGCACGACCGAUGUGCAGACGGGUGUCGCCCCUGACGGGCUUCCACUCUCCUUGCUCCAUUCGUCUCGCGCACGCGGCGCUCUAGAGGUGGCCUCGGCAGCGCGCACCACCGACACGCAGGUAAUGGCGAACCAAGGCGGAUACUACCAGCUGCAGGCCAACCCCGGACUCUGGUACCUCUCCAUCAAGGAAGGCCCGGUGGCGGCGGCCUUCUGCAUCAAGGCCAUCGAAGGCCACGCCGUGCGCGGCUGCGCGGAGGGGGCGAACGGGUCGUUGCUGACGAACUGGACACAGGGCCAGCGCAUCCCGCUCGUGAUCGACUCCUUCCGCGGCCGUUAUCUCUCGCUACAGGUGGGCCACACACCUACAUCCGAUGCGACAGCCGAUUUGCACACGAUCCUGCAGCAAAUGGCGUCCGAUGUGCGGCUCGAGUGGCCUCCCUCGCAUUCGGUGCGUGACGCAACGCCUGCGCUGCCAGAGAAACCGACGCUCAACAUCUUCUCCGUCGCCUCCGGUCACCUGUACGAGCGCUUUCUACGAAUGAUGAUGUAUAGCGUUCACAAAACGUCGAGUGAUCAGCACGGCGCCAACACGACGCGCAUCAAGUUCUGGGUGAUUGAGAACUUUCUCUCCCCGCAGUUCAAGCGGUACAUCCCCCUCCUCGCGGAGCGGCUGGGGUUCGAAGUCGGCUUUGUGACGUACCGCUGGCCGUGGUGGCUGCCACGGCAAACAGAGAAGCAGCGCAAGAUCUGGGCCUACAAGAUUCUCUUCUUGGACGUGCUGUUCCCUCUCGACGUCGACCGGAUCAUCUUCGUCGACGCUGACCAGACUGCUCAGGCGGACCUGCACGAGUUGUACAACAUGGAGAUUGACGGCAAGCCGAUCGCCAUGACCCCGUUUUGCCUCAAGUUCAAAAACAAGGCGACCAAGUCGUUCCGAUUCUGGGAACGGGGAUUCUGGAAGGACCACCUGCGCGGCAAGCCCUACCACAUCAGCGCUAUCUUCCUCGUCGACCUUCGCCGCUUUCGCGCGAUGCUUGCUGGCGACCAGUACCGCGGCACCUACGCCAGCCUAGAAGGGGAUCCGAACAGCCUGCAGAACCUCGACCAGGAUCUGCCCAACUACCUGCAGCCCUCCGUUCCCAUCUUCUCCUUGCCAGAAGAGUGGCUCUGGUGCGAGACGUGGUGCAGCGAGAAAAGCAAAUCAAAAGCCAAGACGAUCGACCUCUGCAACAACCCGCGGACGAAGAUGCCAAAGCUGGAGAACGCCAAGAUGAUCAUUCCGGGCUGGGAGGAACUGGACAACAAACUGCAGAACUUGUCGGAUAGUGUGCUCGCCAGCUUGUGA